GCAUUGCAAAAUUUGUUUCUUUAAAUACCAGUAUUCUUUAUUUGAACAUGGGUCAAUUUGAUGGCAAAUCCGCUCCGAUAACGGGACUCGGGGAUAUUGAGAAACCCCAUAUACACCACGAUGAUGUUGCCGAAAAAAAGUUGGAAACAGGCUAUAUUGCAGACCAUACUGGGUCUCAUCACAAGAGCAAAGAGGAGCGCACUCUGGUGAUGAAAAUUGACCUGGUUAUCAUCCCAUUGUGCUCUCUGCUUUACCUUGUUGCCUAUCUUGAUCGCAACAGCAUUGGAAAUGCACGCACUUUGGGAAUGCAGAAGGAUUUGAAUCUUUCUACAAAACAAUGGGGAAACUGCCUUUCCUUGUUUUAUAUCGGGUACAUGAUCUUUAUGCUUCCGGGGAAUAUCCUCCUCCGCAAGCUCACUCCACACCGUCAACUUGGCGCCUGUGCCAUUGUAUUCGGAGCCUUUCUUCUUGGCAUGUCGGGUGCUGCCAAUUAUGCGACGGUUCUCACGCUCCGUAUUUUUAUUGGUGCGAGUCAAGCAUUCAUACAAGGAUUAAGUUUAUACUCAACUUUGUGGUACAAGAGAGAUGAAGUCGCUACAAGAGGCGCUAUCAUUUAUAUGGCAGCAAUUAUUGCCGGUUCAUUCAGUGGCUUUAUUGCUUAUGGCGUUGGUAAGAACUUGAGGGUUGACAACACAGGCAGACUCAGUUGGAGCUGGUUGUUCAUCAUCGAAGGCGCUAUGUGCAUGGCAGUUGGUGUAGCUACGUGGCUGAUUCUCCCUACGUUUCCUGACAAGCUGAACCGCAAGCACUGGCUGUUCACACCCGCUGAGAUUGAUCUUGCAAAAGAACGAAGUGCCUCAUACAAUACCCUCGGAUCUAAGAUCAAUGUGAAGCAAAUCAUUAUUACGCUCAUAGAGCCCAAGGCAUGGGCGUUUGCAACCAUCAAUGCUGGCGUGGCUCUUGGAAUCUCGUCAAUAAGUACCUUUUUGCCAACAUUCAUCCAAGCCUUCGGGUACUCUAGAGAGAGGACUCAAUUGUUCUCUGCCAUUCCAUAUGCCUGUGCCAUCGUCGCCAUUCCCCUUUGCAUUAUAUCUGAUCGAAUCAAUCACAAAGGCAGCUUUCUCAUUGGCACUCUUUCGGUAGCCUGCAUUGGCUAUAUUAUACUCUUGUGUAAUGUUUCUCAAGGAGCUAAUAUUGCAGGGGCUUGCCUCGCCACUACCGGACUCUAUCCGUCUAUCAUAAUCCUUUCGGCGUGGAUAACCAUUAACGCAGGCGGCUAUACAAAGCGGGCGACGAAUUGGGCAAUGGCUGAGAUAGUCGGUCAAUUGUUAUCGGUCCUAGGAGCAUAUAUUUAUGAUGUCCCACCGAGGUUCCUGAAGGGACACUCCAUUGUUUUGGCACUAUUGGCACUUGGAAUCGUCAAUUGCCUUUACUUGAUGUGGUGGAUGCGACGGGCGAACUUGCGCAGGGAAAUGGAGCUGAUAGAAUAUGAGAGAGAAGGAAGAGUUCAUCCGCACACGAAUAUGAGCUUGGAAGAAGUACAGGAUCUGCAUGUACGGUUCAGGUACAUCCUCUGAGUCGGGAUGCCGAGAAUAGUAUGGCUAACUAGGCGAAACACUGGGAAAGCAGGAAGAUUAUGAUAGUCC